AUCGAUUAGUCUGGUCUGCACAGGUAACUCAGGCGGUGAGUCAGUUUCGUGGUGUAAACAGCUGUGUUCCUGGAAAAGCUUUUACGAAGCAGAUUGGAUUAUUUCACCUUCAUGUAUUCAAUAACUCUAAACGUCGAUAAUUAAAAAUACACAAUACGAAGUUAGUCGGUAAAGAUGUUGAGGUAAUGCUAUCAAAUCGAAGUCGUAGAACAUUACAGAAGUUUGCUUGCUAAUUACUCAAGGUAGGCGGGUUUGGUUUCCUUUCAGUUUCUCGGCAUUUUGUAGGUGAAUGGCCAUGCUUUUGUAUUUAAUACUCCUACAUCAACUGCUUCCUUAUGGAGACUUGGCUUGUGUGAAGAGUGUACUGCACAACACAGGUACAGAAGGUCACUCGAAAGAAGUUUUUGUGGAAGCAGAGGAGGCGAAUAAGUUCCUGGGACGCCACCUACUGUUCAAUCGGUUUGACUUUGAAAUCUUCACUCCCGGGAACUUGGAAAGGGAGUGUUACGAAGAAGUUUGUAAUUACGAGGAAGCCCGGGAAGUUUUCGAGAAUGUUCCAGAUACAGACACCUUCUGGAAAAAAUACGUAGAGGGGAAGGACAAGCGCCCGUCGAGGCUGGAUGUGACGGCUCUGCUGGUGGGGCUGAUCACGGCCGGGGUGCUGGUCAUCAUCGUAGGCCUGCUGCUCUGGUACUUCUGCCAGCACAGGUGCAAGGGGGGCGAUUUGUCCCGCCACAGUUCUGUCAGGGUGCGUAACAGACGCAGUAACGCCUCUCUGAUCAUGCGGCAACUGGAUGAAGUGUCCCUUCAGCCUGGCCUCCUCCCCCCACCCCCCCUGGAGGCUGGGGAGCCCCCAGGACUGCCCUCCUACGAGCAGGCCAUAGCCAAGUCUGGACCACACGACGCCCCACCACCUCCAUACCCAGGAUCACGACCUGGAAGUAUUCAACGAUAGCAUCUCCAACUAGAUGUCCGUGUGUAUGCCGUCCUUGGCAAGCCUGGAUUGUAGUUGGAUGCUUGUUUUAAUACUGUGUGAUAAGUGCCAUAUACAUUGUUUAAAUUAAAAUAUAAUUUGACAGAUUUACAUUAUUCGUGUUGACAUUAAAGAAUGCAAGGGAGAUAUAUUGUAGUACCUCAUUCCUAUCUAUACUUUUGUUUACCUCCUCACACAAUUUUAUUUGCUAUGUUAGCUUUUUAUUCUUUUUUUAUUUAUUUUUUUAUCCUUUUCAGUCAAUAAUGAUAUGCUUUACCAAAUAUUUUUAACUUUUAUUCAACUUUCUUGGAUAACAAAAUGACUUGAUUGGUGUGCACUUUAGCUUGGGGUUUGCUAUUCAGCUCGUGUUUUCUCCAUAACAACACCUGAGUGAGAUGACUCAGGUGUCAUCUCAGAUGACGUCUGUGAGACGUCUGUGUCUCUGUUCCCAGACAGGUAACGGGAUUACACACAACUUUUCUUUCUAACCUUUCAACAUGUAUACCUUUAAAAACAUCAAAUGUGAAGCUGGAAUCAGUGACUAUCCUGUGCUGCACACAGGUGGGUAUUCUUUUGGCCCAGAGCACUUAGACUGAUAGUAGACAUCACAAUGUGUAAUCUUAAAUUGUGUUUUAUUAGAUUGUUUUACUGUUUUUAGGAAGCCUAAAGAUUGUUUAAGUGUGACGUUUUACACCCAUUUCUUGUUUCAGUUCAUUCCAUUGAACGUCUUGAUAAUUACAACUACUACAAAGUAUUUAAUAAAUUAUAAUUCAUAUCUU